AUUUGCAUCGUAUAACACUUUUUGGCUGAGGGUGAUAGAAAAACACGAUAAUUUACAACACCGAACCGAGUGAUAGAGCCGGCGUUGCAAAACAGUAUUCGUGCGUAAAACGCUUCGGUGCUGCCAUCUUUCUUAUGUUUGAAACCUCGGUUAAGGGAAAAAAAGAGGAAAUUAAGCAAUCUAAGGAUUUUAAUAGAAAAUAUUGUUUUACUUUUAAACAAUGCAUUCAUCACUUAAACUGAUACGAAUUGCAAUGAAGUUAAUCAACUCUUUAAAACUUACAGCCAAUUUUUUUUAUGCCCUUGCCAAUCGAAUACAUUUUGAGGCGCAGAGAUGCCAGAUAGCUGGGUGAAUAAAUAAAUUCUGUUUGUAUGUUUUGUUUUAGCGGUUUUCGGGAGUAUGAAAUUGUUUCGCUUUUUUAUUUGAAAAAGAUAUUCCGUCGGAAUGUCCGGUAACAAGUUCGGAACGCCGUCUUUAAUGGAUCCAUCAUCUUUAGAAAACGGAACCCUCGCUGUUGAUUCGACAAGUGUCAAUCAUAUCAAACGUAAGGCGUCGUAUCGGGAGUAAAAUUCAGCUUGUGUCUGAAAUAUCUAUACUUUUUAUUUGUCACUUACUUAAUUAUCACUUUGAAAAUGAAAGUUCUAGAAAGAGUUCAAAAACUUUAUCAACUCGUGUAAUCAAAUGCCCUCCAAUACAAAACUCCUAAUUCUGCAGAAUACAGUUUAAUAUUGGGAUGCAUUAUAACUUAAACAAUACUUAUUCAUACAUCUAAAUUAUAAAAUUUUCAUAUUGGCACUACUAUUUCAAGUUAAUGAUCAAGUAAAAUGAAUUUGAUUUCAAAUUUCAAACGGUGAAUUCAAAAUACAAAAAGUCAGUAAAAUUACUGAAAAGCAAAUUCUCUUGGCAUCGCUGGUUGCUUUCAAUUUUAUACCUUCGUAUUCUAUCACACCGGUGGACGGCCAACUUUUUUGGUCUAUAUUUCACGAUAGAAAAAUUCCCAUCUGUGCUACAGACGUCAAAAUUCCUACCACUUUUUCCCAACACCAUUGGACUUGCUCUGAUAGACGCGUCAGUGAGUAUCACAGUUCCCCAGUUAAUCUAUAUAGCUUUAAAAAGUAGGUAGGUAUGUUGCCAGCAAAUUUGUUUCUUUCAAUAAGUUUAUUUACUGUUACUUACUGAGAAGGUCACCCUAGACAAUUUGAACUGCGAUUUUGGUUGCUGAAAGCUGUUUAUAUUCUCAUCUAGGUCUGUAGCCGCUUACUACUCUACGCUGCCUACUCUAAACUAUAAAUUUCUUAUCUAAACUAUCACCUACCUAUAGAUUUCCUUUAAAGCGUCAGCUUCCCACAGCUAUUUAAAUGCUACAAAAAAGUAGAUUCCCAUUCUCAAAGUACAAGUCUGAAGUUACUUAUCAUGAAAUUUUCUGUUUCCAAUUCUUCGAUAACAUAGAGCUUCGAAUGUUGAGAUAAAAUCGUCAUACACCGUAUGCAAUCUAAAGCAAUCUAAGCAAUAAGGAUGAAAUUUUUUGAAAAAAAAUAAGCGCUUAUCUUUAGAGAUUCAAAAAUGAUUGGAUUGAUAGUUGGCACGUUGUAAUCCGUUGAAUGUAUUAGAAACAACGGACCAUAACCUACGCUUAGGCGGUCCUGCGCAUUGCUACAUUCAACAGAAUUGCAAGUUUCCGCGGUGACUAGAAAAUUGUUUACUGCCAUAAACAAACUGAGUAACGAGUCCCGAAAUCUUUAAUUGAUCUCAAGUGUAAAAUAUCUUCCAAAGGGGAAAAAAAGUUCAUAUUUACGAAAAAAAAUGCAAACUAAAAAGGAGAAACUGCUUAUCCGGCCAUGGCAGAUGCAGCGGUACUUCAAUCACCGUAUCAAGGUAGAAACCGCGGCACCGGCCAUCGAUUUCCAUCCACCACCGGCGCGGGCUCACAUAACCCAGAAGCUGAAAAAGCAGCAGAAGGAACGGGAACGAACGGAAAAAAUCGAACGGGACAACAUUCGAUUGCUGCAACGGCUUGGCGCCAUCAUGAGCAAGAAACGGCUGGACAACAUCUGGACUCAUACCAGACCGAAUUUCUUAAGCAGGGAAUACAUCUACCCAGCACGGCCCAAAACCACGGCCGGUUCGACCGAGUAUAGUUUGAGGCGGGCGUCGGUUCGAACCCUGGAGGAUUUAGGCACCGAUUCGGAAUUCGGCGAAUCUCCGAAUGGCAGUCGCUCUAGUGCUGCCGUGCGGUGCUGUGCUUGUAGUCGGCGAACGUCCGCUUUCAAACCCGUCAGUAAUAAGGUGGUGCCGGAGGAACGCAUCCCAUGGGCGCCGCAGCGAAAAACGACCAACCGAAAGCUGCUGGAAGAGGCCGAAUCGGAGCGACACGUGUGUUGCCGUUUUUGUUGCUGAAAUUGGCGUAUGCUCGAUUAUGUUAACAAUGCUUUUUGUGGUAAUUUAAACUUCAUCACGAUUGAAAUAAUAUGGAGUCCUUUUAAAUGUGGGACUUCAGCAUCCAGGUCCAUGAUUUAUGAAAACCUUAACAAUUAAAAAGUAUCCUAUACUUACAGUAGAAGAUUUAAGCAUUUAAACGUAAGGUUAAAGCGUCGAAUAAAUGA